AUGCCUCGAUACGACGAUUACGAUUACCGUCGCUCGACUGGAGCUCUCGACUCCGAACCCGACCGCUGGGACGCUGACCGUUUCUCUCGUGAGCGUCGCGACCGUCUACACUCUCGUGGCCCUCCCGUUCUCGACCGACCCCGUCGGGUGGACGACGACCGCUUCGAAUUCCGCCUGCACGAGACCGAGCGCUACGGUCCUCCUGCCCGCCGGCUGGACAGGGAGUACGAAGAUGACCAUCUCAUUCACCCAUCCGGACCGCUCGUCCACCGGCCGCGCGCCGACAGCCCCCCACCGCCUCCCCGCCCUCGCCUCCUCCGCCGCCAGUCGUCGCUAGACACCUUUGAUCGCAUUCCCUCGCGCAAGCUCGAUGAGUACUACUAUCGUGACCACGUGCCCCGGCGCCCGGUCAGCCCGCCUCCGCGACGGCGACGUUCCUUCCGCCGCUCGCGCGAGUCCGACUUCUACGAGGACAUCCGCAUCGCAGAUCCGGAUAUCUACGGCGAUGAGGAGUUUCGCCAUUUCCGCGAGCGCGCUCAGGUCCCGCGCGCCCGGCCCCGCCGUCCCAGUCAUGUCCGCGAGCGCAUUGUCGAGGAAGUCGAGAUCGAGAAGCCGUACCCCCGGAAGGGGAAGACCAGGAUGCCGCGCAAGCUCGUCCACACGCAUGCGAUUCGCGAAUUUGGGUAUCCCUUCGAGGAAGAGGGUGACAUGGUCAUUAUCCAGCUGGCGCUGUCGAAAGAGCAGAUUGAUGAGGUGAUCAGUCGCAGUCGCGAGAUCAGACGCCGCUCCGAAACACUGGUUAUAGAAAGCUCGCAUUCCCCGGUGCGGGCGGUGCCGCGCGAGCGAACCGUGGAACGAGUCGCUUUAGAGCCCUACACCCCCCGAUCCAGCCACAACAUGCUUAUCGUCGAGGCGUCGCCGUCGCGGCACUCGUCGCGCGCGAGACAUUACGAUUACGACCUGGAGGAGAAGCGCAUCAAGCGGACGGUGUCGCGGACUCGGUCGGUGUCGGUGCAUGGCCGGCCCCGUCGUCGGUCGUCGCCCGUCCGUAUGGUUACGCGCUUUGACCGUGACGAGUCCGACAAGAUUAGCGCCGGGCCCCUUGCUGUCGUGGUGCGUCCUCGAGACAGCGAGGAAGAUCUCGAGGAAUAUAUGCCGCUGGAGCAUCGUCGAAGCGGGGACUAUAUUCGGGACACCGAGAUCAUCCACGGCGACGGUGAUGUGGAGGAAGUGCUUGAGGUGAAGACAGAUCGCAGAGGCCCGAAUGCUCGCAUCCUUCGUGCUAUGAUGGCUACGUUGACUUGA